UCCAACCGAAUUAAGCAGGCCACCAUGAAGCAGAAGAUCGUGAUCAAGGUGGAGAUGACGUGCGACAAGUGCCGGUCCAAGGCCAUGGCACUGGUUGCGGCGACGGUAGGGGUGGACUCGGUGGCGCUGGCCGGGGACGGCAAGGACCAGGUGGUGGUGGUCGGUGACGGCGUCGACUCCGUCAAGCUCACCAGCGCGCUGCGCAAGAAGGUCGGCCACGCGCACCUCGUGCAGGUCAAGAAGGAGGAGGAGGAGAAGAAGAAGCCCGCCGAAGCCGCCAAUGUUGUGGAGUACACGUACCCAUGGCACUACUACCAGUACCCUUCGCACGCGGUGCCGGUCUACGAGCACCCCGCCGGCGCCUACGGUUACCAGCACCGGCCGGACACCUGGUGGAUGUAGCCACACCACUCAGAGCAUUCUUGAGUAAUCUUCAUUGUUUCGUCGAUCAGUGUCUAGCUAGCUCUAGUAGCUAGGAUUGCAAAUGCCAAAAG